AUGGCCACCACCACCAACACCGGCGCUAGCGCCACCGUCGAUCCCGAUCAACCACCGCCUCUCCCACUAGACUCUAUCCCCAUCAUCGAUCUUAGACUUCUCUCCCAAUCAGAACUAUUUUCCCUUUCCAUGUGCUCCAAUUCCUCAUUCGAUCGCAACCGCUGUGACGACGUUGUAAUCCCCAAAAUCGACCGGUCAGUUUUCAAUGAAUCCGCCGGUAGCCGUAAACAAACUUACUCACGCCUUCGCCUUGCCCCCGCCCAGUCCUCCACGUCCACCAAAACCACCAUUCACCGCCGUACGCCUCGCCUACGUUCGUCACAUACACCCACUCCUAACAACAUUAAUGACGCUGAACAAGCCGAAAACUCUCAGAUCAUUCGUAUGUUGAAGGAGCUCUUUAAAUCAGAUCAUAAUUUCGGGGAGUUAGUUCCGUUUGAAGUCGAACUAGACACCAAUGUCGUAGUGCCUAUAUCAUUGAAUCCCGAGACGAAUCGAAAACGAGGGAGACCACGAAAGCAUGAUGAUGCGGUUUUCAUUGGUUCUCCGGACGCCAAGAGAAUGCGUAAUAAUACAGUUAAGAAAGUAGUUGCUUACGAUGCUGUUGGAGAUAUAGAACUGGUGAAUUGUAGAGGCGUGAAAGUAAACUUGGAGAAUUUGGGGAUGUUGGAGGAUCCAUACGGGCUCGAAAUUAGGAGGAGGACCGAAGGACUGUCGACUAAAGAUGAGUUGUUAGGGUUUUUGGGAGGUUUGAAUGGAGAGUGGGGGACUAGUACAAAGAAGAGGAAGGUCGUCGAUGCAAGCUAUUUUGGAGAUGCUUUGCCCAAAGGCUGGAAGCUGAGCCUCUCUAUCAAGAAGAGAUCAGACCUUGUUUGGUUAUUCUGUCGUCGUUACAUAAGCCCUAGUGGUAUGCAAUUUGAGUCGUUCAAGGAAGUAUCUAUGUACUUGCUUUCCCUUCUCGGAGAAAAAAACUUGGAUAAACCAACUCACAUUCCAAGCAACAGUCGUGAUGAUUUUGGAUCAAAAGGAGCUUCUAUGAAUCGGAAAGAUGUUUCUGUUCGAGUAGAUGCAAGAAGAAGCAGGCCUAUUGUAUUAGCACUGUCAAGUAGAGACUUUAAGAAGGAAGUCAAAUCCAACACUGUGGAUCCCAUUAAUGUAAAAGUAGUAGAGUUUUUCAAGUGCCUCAACUGCUUCAUGAUCUUUGAAGGAAAAGUUGAUCUAUUUGACCACCAGAUGUUAGCCCACAAAACUGAAAGAUCUCAACUUGAUUCUGCAACUUCUGAAUGGACUGUAGUAAAAGGUGGAAUUUUUGAGUGUCAGUUUUGCAAUAAGACAUUUAAUGAAAGAAACCGGUAUAAUGAACAUAUUGGGACACAUGGGACAAAUGAAACCAAGUAUGAAGCAUCAGAAGCUCCAACUGCAGAAAAGACUGUCAACCCUAUAUUAUCUGCUGGAGUUCAUGACAAUGUUUUAAUGGAAACUGAUAAUGCACCUUUUGGUGGUAAACUGACAUCUGCUUCUCCUAAAAGUGAUCAUAAGAUAAGUUCUGCAACAGAAUCAGAAGUCAAUGAGCAUGUUCAUGACCUUAACAUUUUGGAUAAAGAUAUUAAGGGUGAACAUGUUAACAUGAAUGAAGAUGUUUCAGUUGAAGAAUCUGGUGGUGAGAUUGAAAAGGAAACUGAUGAUGCACCUUUUGGUGAUAAAUUGAUAUCUGUUUCUCCUCAGAGUGAUCAAAAGAGAAGUUCUGGAACAGAAUCAGAAUUCAAUGAUCAUGUUCAUGAUGAGCUUAACAUUCUGGAUCAUGAUAAUCAGGGUGAGCAUGUUAACAUGAAUGAAGAUGUUUCAGCUGAAGAAUCUAGUGGUGUGAUUGUAAAGGAAACUGAUGAUGCACCUUUUGAUGAUAAACUUAUAUCUGCUUCUCCUCAAAGUGAUCAGAAGAUAAUUUCUGGAACAGAAUCAGAAUUCAAUGAUGAUGUUCAUGACCUUAACAUGAAUGAAGAUGUUUUAGUUGAAGAAUCUGGUGGUGAGAUUGAAAAGAAAUGUCAUGAAGGUGAAAAUGAAUUCCUUGAAAGAGACAAAUCUCCUGAAGUUUCUGAAUCUAAAUCUGAUUUCUCAUUAGGCCAUGAAGCUUCUAUCGAUGAAAGCAAUGGGAAGCUUGAAAGUUGUGUUGUAACAGUUGAUUCCAUUGAUAUUGUUGAGAAAGAUAUAGUUGGUAUAUCCAAUGGUGAAGCUGCACAUGUUGAUGAGAAUCCAGAAUGCAUUCUUGAAGAAGGAAUAAGUUCUGAAAAAAGUCCUCUUCUUCAAUCUACAAAUGAAUUAUUAGAUAGUAUUGAGAAAGAUAGUGUUGUGGUGCUCAAUCUUGCAGAUUCUGAAAUUAGGGUUCCGCCAUCAUCAAAUAUCUGUGAAGAAAAGGGCUUUCAGGAAAACAUUAAUGAUACACAACACAUUUGUAGUCCGUUUGAUGAAUUGACAUCUGAAAAGGAGGAACUUAUUAAUGAGAAUCGUGUGGCUGAAGUGAAUAAGCUUUUUGAUUCAGAAACUCUUUUCCUUGAUUCUUCACACAACACAAGCCUGAAAGAUUCUCCUGAAAAACUAGGGUUUGACUUUGAGGAAGAUAGAUUUUGUUAUGGAAUUGGCAAUUCCAGAGUUGAAGAUAUCGGGAACAAGAGCAAGGGUGAGGAGCCUCAGACACAAAUGAUUAUGGAAGAUUUUGAGCUUGAGAAUGAUGUAAACAUGAACAAUGUUUCUUCUUUAAACAGGUCAACAGAAGUCAACUUAGACGACUUCCAGAUUCCUUCUUUGGGCAGCAGUCAAAACGACCUAAAUCUUGAAUUUUGUUCACUUGUCCCCACUGGGAACCAGCAAGAAUUCAGCUUCCAAGAUGAUGAUGUAACUGGUAUUUACGAAAAUGCCCAUGAAGGGUCUGAAAGUGGACUGCUUGAUCAUUUCUCCAUCACCGAAACCUCGGUUUCAGAUGAUCUUUUUGGGAAUAAUUCUUCAUAUUCCACACCACUGGAUGCGUUUAAAUUCGAUGAAGAAAGAGACAUUGGUGGGAAUGGGAUCCAUGAGUUAAGUCUUAAUUUUGGCAACUCCUCACAUGGUAUUGGUCUGUAUGAAAAUACAGCCAAUUUGAACCAGAAAAAAGAUGAUGUUCAAACCAAUUUGACCAUGGUUAACAUCAACAAUGAGAUUGAAACUCAAGGUUUUGCUCAUAAUAAUACCAAUAUGGUUUAUCCACAAGUUGUGGCUAAUCAACAACAAAGUGGUAAUCGAGUUUUUAGAGUUGAUGAAAGAUCAUCAUCAUCAAGUAGUAGAUCUGAACCUGUGGAAUUCAGAUUCCUAACAGGGAUUAUUGGGAUGGAUCAAGGUUUUGGUUCGGGGUUUUGGAGUGGAAAGAAUGGAAUGGGGGGUAGAAAUGUAAUUACAGGUGUAUGUGCAUGGUGUAGAAAUGAAUUCCAUAUGCAGCAGCCUGAAGUACAAGGACAAGGUGGUGGAAUUGGUUCUUUAUGCCCGAAUUGCAGUGGCCAAGUCAACAUGUUGUAG